GUGAAACCACAUUAUUUUUCAAGAUUUUGAUGUUUGUGGAUCCGAUCUCGAUUCCCCAAAGAAGCACAAGACUUUGUCGUUGUCUGGCAAGUUCUCCAAAUAGAAAAUAUUUUAUUUUGUACCAUGGUGUGAAUAAGAACUUGCUAUUUCCUAAUUAUAUUCUGGAACGGAAGCGACGGAAACACUCUUCAGCCAUUUUCUCCACAAGUAUGGGACUCUUUGGUUUAGGCUGGCCUGAAAUUGCCGUCGUUGUUGUUGUUGGUACCCUUAUUUUUGGACCAAAGAAAAUAUCAGAGCUUGGAAAAGAUUUAGGGAAAGUUGUGGGUAGUAUGAAACAGGCUACUAGCGAGUUUGCUGAAGGUAUGGAGGAAAGCUUAAAAGAAACUGAAGAACGGCGGAAAGGACAGAAGGCUUCUUCUGAAAGUGAUGAACAAAACAAAGUUCAAAGUAUCAACCCAAGUUUAAAGGAACAAGUUUAUGACGUCCACUGUGAAAAAUCGGAUAGUGAAAAGGAAACCAAAUACUAUUGAUGUUGUUCAUACGGACCUUUUUGACCGAUAAAGCUUUUUGUCUUGUUAACAGUUGGUUAUGUUUUGGUAUUUGGAGUGGUCCAUUGUAUUAUCUUCUGAAUGAUGAUAGUUUCUCAUAGAGAAACACUUUUAGGAAUAGAGUCGUAUUAUCCAACUCUCGUUCUCUGCACAUAAUAACUGAGCAAAAUUUAAUUAUUCUUACUUCUUCCAUCAUCCAUAAAUAUUGGAGUGUAGAAUACUUGCUAUAGUUAUCCAAUAUCAUCAGUUCUGUUUCAUUUGAUAUUUUGUUCGUAACUCAUUCUACUACAACCUGAUAAAUAAAGUUGCAGUGGAACAAUUGGUUAUUGGAAGUACAAAAUAGAUGGAAUGCAUUCCUCGGCGUUUUCUGUCAAUUUAAUAAUAAAUAGACAAAAAGAAGA